AUGGCCUCGCUAAGCGGUUGGGAGAAGCACGAUAUCCUGCGCUGCGAGCGAUUUCUGAAAAGGAUCGAAGGCUGGGUCGACCCCACCUGGGGUUUUUAUGUCUAUGGUACCUACACACGCCCGCAAAAGCGAAAGGAUUCAGACAAGGGGCACGAUGAGGGCAAAGUCCAGGAGAAAGCGGGUGAGUCAUAUACAUUCGAGCUCAGAGAGGGAUGUCUAAUGGCUGCGUAUCUAGUAGACAGCGAAAACUUCCAGGCCGUGCUGAACAAGCUGCACGCCCACGCUGCCGAUACCCUGCGCUACGAGCAACUAGAGCCGUACAAUCAACAGUUGAUUGACACUUUGCGCUUACAACCCGCUGCGUACCUUCCUGGCGCUUCGCUCGCUGACGUCUGUGAACAUUUCCGCCAGAACGCAGGCAGUUUUCUUGGCGCUGGAGGCGGAGUCAUAGAGGAGGAUUACAACUGCGGUCCCAAGACUGACUGGUGUCUGAUCAUAGACGAUGACUCACUCGAUAGUAUCGAAAAUGGGCCCGAACCAAUCGGACCAACGCCGCCAGACGAUGCGAUGCCCUGGACUCUAAAGCGUAACGCCAACAGGGUGUUUGUCAAGCUGCUUAGUAAGAACGAGUUCACAACGGAAGAGCCCAAAGUUCUUGCUGCGCAGGGUCGGGGCGGGACUAGUCAGAGGGUUGAGUGGCAUGGCUGGUGCAAGUUCUCACCCGUGUAUCUGAUGCCUGUCUUCAAUGAGACCGACAAAGGAGAUAUCGAGACUUAUUUCAAGCAUCCCGAUCAGCUCAUCACGAUCUAG